GGCUCCGGUAUCAUGGCAGACUCCAGCCCGGAGUCCGGCGCGAGGAGGCCGCAGUUCGGGAGCCGCUUGCUGAGCGACCCGGCGCGGGUCUUCCACCACAAUGCCUGGGACAAUGUGGAGUGGUCGGCAGAGCAGGCCGCGGCGGCGCAGAGGAAAGUCCAGGAGAACAGCGCCCAGCGGGUUUGCCCGGAGAAGCAAGUUGAUUAUGAGACUAAUGCCCACAAAUAUUGGAAUGACUUCUACAAAAUCCAUGAAAAUGGAUUUUUCAAGGACAGGCAUUGGCUUUUCACUGAAUUCCCAGAGCUGGCACCUAUUCAGAACCAAAAUCACUUGAUGGAUUUGCUGUCAGAGAAUAAGAGGAGCGAAGUGCCUGAAUGUAGGAGCAAUGCGGAUGGACCCGGUUUAAUAACAGAAGAACAGCACGAGUGCUCUUCACACAGCCUUGGGCAUAAAACACAGACUCUUCCUGUGGAAGAGAAGGUAACUCAGAAACUCAGUCACUUGGAAAUCUCUGCUGAUGAGUUUCCUGGAUCCUCAGCCACCUACCGAAUACUCGAGGUUGGUUGUGGUGUGGGAAACACAGUCUUUCCAAUUUUACAAACCAACAAUGACCCAAGACUCUUUGUUUACUGUUGUGAUUUUUCUUCCACAGCUAUACAACUGGUCAAAACAAAUUCAGCGUAUGAUGCAGCAAGGUGUUUUGCCUUUGUUCAUGAUUUGUGUGAUGAAGAUCAGAGUUACCCGAUUCCCAGGGAUAGUCUUGAUGUUAUCAUCCUCAUAUUUGUUCUUUCAGCGAUUGUUCCAGAGAAGAUGCAGAAGGCUAUCACGAGGCUGAGCAGGCUUUUGAAGCCUGGAGGGAUGAUGCUUCUGCGAGAUUAUGGCCGCCAUGACAUGGCUCAACUUCGGUUUAAAAAAGGUCAGUGUCUAUCUGAAAAUUUCUAUGUGAGAGGUGAUGGCACCAGAGUUUACUUCUUCACACAAGAUGAACUGGACACACUUUUCACGACUGCUGGACUGGAAAAGGUUCAGAACCUGGUGGAUCGCCGAUUGCAAGUGAACCGAGGGAAACAGCUGACAAUGUACCGAGUUUGGAUUCAGUGCAAAUAUCGCAAACCUCUUGUGGCCAACACUGGCUCCUGACAGGAUGGGGUCUCCUUGGCUUUUUAACAGAAUAUUCACAACUGGUGUCUUGUUGAUGUUGGACAGUGCAAGGAAUCAAACAAACUUGAGCCUUGGACCUAGGAAAAAGUUACUUUUAUCAAGAUUCAAACAAUCACACUUUCUAUUUGUGAAGCCCUUUAAUGUAUACUUUCCUCCAGCUUUUUCUUACUUUGAGAUCUCAAAAAAUCUUUCUUGCCAUUUUAUAGUAUCUUAAUAACUGAAGUAUUCAUGGAAAUUGGGAAUUUUAAAGGCAUCAAGAAAUUAUUUCCACGUGCAAGUAUCAUGUAUGAUAAAGUGCCAUUUGACUGUAUGUUUCAUUAAGUUAUUUGAAAUGCAAAUACCUGGUUCCAAGGUGUUUUAAGCACAUUUUCCUUCUCUAAGUAAACUGUGUCCAAAAAUUAAAAGGAUCUUCAUUUUUAGCAAAA